AGCUCUUUCAAAAAUGGCUUCAUUGAGUAUUUGCCCGACGUGACUCUAACACUAUCUAAUCAGUUGAGAUAAGGACACUCAGGUGUCUAUAUAUGCAGGUCUGUCAAAGUUUUUCAGUGUUUCUGUGACCUUUAGCUGGAAUACUUCACUGAUUACCUGUGUCUGGGAAUGCGUUCGUGAGCUUUGGGUGCCUGUCCAGGACCACGUAGCUGUCAGUGACCACAACUCCAGGGCAGCCAUUCUGAAACUGUGUCCAAAUCGCCGAGACACACACACAGCUAUGGCGGAGCGACGGCGCGGGGGCUAUAGGAUUGAGAGGGAGGUGCUGGACGAGCUGAGCGUCGAAGAAGUGGCAGAGAAGACGGACAGCAAAGUGCCGCUCAAGGAAAGAGUCAGGGAAUCAGUGCGGUGUUCAGGUUCCAGAGCGAAGCGCUGUGCGUUGGGGUGCAUUCCUGUUCUCUCCUGGCUGCCGCGGUAUAACUUUCGAGAAUGGGCUGUCGGGGACCUGGUGUCUGGCAUCAGUGUGGGCAUCAUGCACCUGCCUCAGGGAAUGGCGUAUGCUUUGCUGGCUGCGGUCCCUCCUGUGUUUGGACUCUACUCCUCAUUCUACCCCAUCUUGGUCUACUUCAUCUUUGGGACGUCCCGUCACAUCUCAGUGGGUACUUACGCGGUGAUGAGUGUGAUGAUCGGCGGGGUGACGGAGCGCUUGGCUCCAGACUCCGACUUCCUGCUGUGGAAUAACGAGACGAAUGGGAGUGUGCUGGACGUGGUGGCCCGGGACGCUGAGAGGGUCAAAGUCGCCGCUGCUGUGACCUUCCUCUCCGGCGUCUUCCAGAUACUGCUGGGCCUGGUGCAGUUUGGUUUUGUGGUGACUUACCUCUCGGAGCCCCUGGUGCGAGGGUACACCACUGGAGCAGCCAUCCAUGUGAUCGUCUCCCAGCUGAAGUACACCUUCGGCCUGUCCCCCACCCGCUUCAGUGGGCCCUUCUCCCUGCUCUAUACCGUGUUAGAGAUUUGUUCUCUCUUGCCGGAGACUAACAUCGGGACUCUUGUGGUGAGCGCUGUAUCAGUGAUUGCACUCAUUGGUGCAAAGGAGGUCAACACACUACUGGCUCGCAAGCUUCCUGUUCCCAUACCUGUUGAACUGAUAACUAUCAUCAUUGCCACAGUGAUCUCCUGGCAGUGUAAUUUGGACACUCAGUUUGGUGUGGAGGUGGUGGGAGAGAUCCCCUCUGGCCUCCAGCCGCCGGUCCUGCCCGCUGCAUCUAUAUUUGGGCAGGUGAUAGGUGAUGCUUUCGCUCUGUCCGUAGUGGGAUAUGGCAUUGCUAUCUCCUUGGGUCGAAUUUUUGCUCUCAAAUACGGAUACAAAGUGGACAGCAACCAGGAACUGGUGGCCUUGGGCCUCAGUAACUCAGUCGGGGGGAUGUUUCAGUGCUUUGCCAUCAGCUGUUCCAUGUCCCGUACUAUGGUCCAGGAGAGCACUGGAGGGAAAACACAGGUUGCAAGUGGUCUCUCUGCUGUGGUGAUCCUGAUCAUCCUGCUAAAGCUUGGGGAGCUAUUCCAGCAGCUGCCAAAGGCUGUACUUGCUGCCAUAAUAUUUGUGAACCUGCAUGGGAUGAUGAAGCAGUUUAUGGACAUCCGCUCGCUGUGGAGGAGCAACCGCGUGGACAUGAUCGUGUGGGUGAUGACCUUCAUUCUGACCUUGCUCUUCAACCCGGACCUGGGCCUGGCAGCCUCCAUCGCCUUCUCCAUGCUUACCGUCAUCUUUAGGACUCAGCUGCCACGGUACUCCAUCCUUGGACAGGUCCCAGGAACUGAUAUCUACAGACCUGUGGAAGAAUACAAGCUGGUGAAGCAGAUACCUGGCCUGGUCAUUUUCCGGUCUUCGGCUACUGUCUACUUUGCCAAUGCUGAGAUGUAUGUCGACGCCCUGGCAGAGAAGAGUGGGAUUGACAUCGCGAAGAUUCUGUCCAUCAAGAAGAAGCAGCAAGCCAAGCAGCUGCGCCGAGAGAAGAGGGAGGCCAAGCGACAAAGAAAAGAAAUGAAAGAGGCCAAGAGGGAGGAAGGAGAGAUGGAGGAGCCCCAGAAUGGGCAGACAGAUGAAGUCAAUGUGGAGGAGGGGCUUCAGCCGGGCCCCGCCCUUCCGAGUGCCAUCAUCCUGGAUUUGAGCCCCGUCAACUUCCUGGAUACCGUGGGAGUGAAGACACUGCGCAACAUUUGCCGUGACUACGGGGAUGUGGGCGUGGCCGUGUUCCUUUCUGGGUGUCAAGACUGUGUGGUGGAAAACUUAGAAAGAGGGGGAUUCUUCAGUGAUAAAGUGACCAAGGCUGCCAUGUUCUCCACCGUGCAUGACGCUGUCCUCCACUGCCAGAGAGAUGCUUCCACAGAGACCACUCAGGAAAUGAAGGGAACCUAUUUCUAAAAUCCUACCACGCGAGGAGAUGAACUGAUAAACACUGAAACUCAGCACAGCACGAGGAGAUGUACGGAUAAACACUGAAACUCAGCACUGCACAGACCAGUUGGCCUUUUUUUUAAUUUUUAUUUCGGCUUGAAUUGUUUUGAAGUAUCCUAAAAAGAAAUUUGAGUAUUUUGUAUUCGAUGUGUAUUUAUUGCUUAAAAAAUAAUAAAUGUUUUUAAAAAGGAA